GAAGUCGCGAUAGCCGAGGGUUGACUGUAUAUACAUAUCUUACUAUUAUAAAGAGGAGGAAAGAUGUCAUUAAGUCUCUUGAUGCUACAUUGACUCAGGAUUUCUUCUUAGCCAGGUUUUUGUAUAUACCACCAAGUGGGAUCUGUGUGAAUCCAGGAUUUUGGGUUAUAUUUAUGAGAGGUGUCCCUCUCACACUGAAUAACUCUCUCCUGAGGUCCAGCUAUGUCCUAACUUGUCUCGUAUUCUACUGAGAAUUUUUGACCUUGUGCAGUAUUUUAUCAAAUCUUAUGUAUUUUUUUAUUUAUUUAUUUAUUUUUAGAUGACAAAGAGUGUUGCAGUGCUUGGGGGAGGCAUUGGGGGCCUAGCUGCUGCCCACUACCUUGGCCGGCUGAGGUGUUGCCCCAGGGUGGUGGUGGUGGAGGCCACACACAGGCUGGGUGGCUGGGUCAGCUCCACCAUGCACCAUGACCAGGUGGUGUUUGAACAUGGGCCGCGCACUCUCAGAGUGGUUGGGAAUGCUGGAAUGAACACACUUGCCUUGGCAGAAGAGUUGGGUUUAGCAGAUCAAGUGAAAGGUGUUUCCUACAGUCAUCCAUCAGCAAAAAACAGAAUGUUAAUGGUUGAUGGGAAGCUACACAGACUUCCGAACAGUGUAAAGACACUAUUCACCAAGAGUCCACCGUUCUCAAGGCCGUUGGCGCUGAGUGGGGUGCAGGACCUGAUGGCACCCAGAGUGGUCAACAAUGACGAAAGCCUCUUCAGCUUUGUGAAUCGCCGGUUUGGCCACGAAGUUGCAAAGUAUGCUAUCGAUCCCAUGUCUAGAGGAAUCUUUGCAGGAAAUGCCAGAGAAUUAAGCGUUAAUUGUAUUGCAAGAAGAUUGCAUGAUGUAGAACAGAAACAUGGAUCAGUUUUUCUUGGAAUGUUUAAAGAUAGAAAAAAUGCAGUAAAACCAGACAAAAAUCUGAGUUCAGUUGAACUUGUGAAGAGGGCAAAGAGAGAAAAGUGGGCUGUUUGGUCAGUGGCUGGUGGAUUGGAGAACUUUGUGAAGGCUCUUGAGAACAACAUCCUUGAAAACAAUGCUGAAAUAUGGAAAAACACACCCGUGAAGGGAAUAUUGAGAAGAGGAGGCAAGCUUGUCAUCCAGACAGAAGAGAAAGAACUAGAGGUUGAUAGUGUCAUUUCCUGUCUUCCAUCCAAUACUAUGAGUAGUGUGAUACAGUCAGUAAAUCCCAAACUGAGCGCUCUUCUGUCUUCCAUACCGUAUGUCACUGUUGGCAUUGUGAACCUGGAGUAUCCCGGUCAGCUGAUUGAGGAGCCAGGCUUUGGUUACCUGGUUCCUUCCUCCGAACCCAACCGCGUCCUGGGUGUGAUAUACGACACCUGCACAUUCCCCCAGGGAGACAGAACCAUACUGACGGUGAUGAUGGGCGGUUACUGGUUCAAGGAAUUGUUUGGGGACGACCCACCUCUGGAAUCACUCCUGGAGGAGGCGCUGGCUGAAAUCCGUCAAUCUCUCAAGAUCAAGGUAAAGCCGCAGCGUUAUCAUGUCAGGAUCUUGAGGGACUGUAUUGCCCAGUAUGUUGUUGGCCACUCAGAGACAGUCCUCAGUGCUCGUAAGUUAAUCUCAGAGUUGGAGCUUCCCUUGGCCCUAGCAGGAAGCUCCUAUGAUGGGGUUGGAGUUAACGAUGUGAUUAUGAGUGCCAAGAAUGCUGCUGCUAGUGUGUAGUGCUGAGAGGUGUUGAAGGAUGUGUGUGACUGUGACCUUGUGGUGGCAGUUAUUGCCACUUGUUCAUCUGUGAUAUUAGUAAAUCAUAUGGUGCAACUUUUCAGGAAAUAUCAUUCAAUGUGUGGAGCUGUCUUACUCCUUGAUAAUAGUCUUGUUAUUCUUUGUAUCAGUUUGUCUCACUUCAUAUUAUAGGAAGGCAGUGCAGGCCAGCCAGCAGCCAGCUGGUCCCUGGUGGUGCUGGUGUGGGAAGCUGUGCCUGCUCUACCAUGGCUACACACUCCAGGCUCUUCCUGUCAUGGAUCAAUUAAUCUUUCAAAAGUCUUUGCAAUAUGAAA